AUGGUCUGUGCUUAUAUACAAACACAUACAGCAGCACCACAAUUACAAUUUACUGCAAGUUUAAGGUCUUGGCCCUCAGCAGCAAGAUCUGAACUAAUAGCAGUGGUAGCAGUAAUAUUAGUCUCUCCUCCAAAUGCAAAUAUUAGAAUUUAUACUGAUAGAGAGACUAAUAGUACUGCUACCACUGCUAUUAGUUCAGAUCUUGCUGCUGAGGGCUAA